AUGAGUGGUGUGCAUUUGAUUAUCGAGAGGGCUCAGCGAAAACAUGGACCGACAAGAAACGAUCAGAUUUCUGGUUUUGACUCUGUGACUGAGUUGUCCAGCUCGACGAGCGUUUUGAAGAUUCGACAAAGUGAGGAAGUCGUCCGAUUUUCUUCUGUUGCUCCUGCUCCUUCGAAGGACUUUUUGACGAUGACCGUCCACGGGAACGAAGACGAGUACCACUGCAUUUUGGACGUGGUCCCCAUCUCGGCUACCAACAUCACUCGACGUAGCUCAAACUGUAUCUUGCCGUCUACUUCCGUCUCUACCAUCGACAACGUACGCGCCUCAAAGGCUACUCGAGAUGACAUCUGCCGAAUUUUCGGCGAAGACGCUCUGGCUAAGGUCUUGGCUUUGUCUCCCGAAAGCGAAUGA